AUGGAUUUUCUUCAGCAGAUGAACCUCACCGACUUCACGAUCUACGAUCUCUUCAAAGUCAAAGGAGUCGAGGAACACAUCGAUGCCUACCCUUUGAUGGCAUCGCCCGUGCCGAGCUCCAUCGUGAUUGCCAUAUACCUCUACUUCGUCUACAAAUAUGGACCAAGCUACAUGGAGAACCGGAAGCCGUACAACCUGCGAUGGAUCAUUGCGGCCUACAACAUCUUCCAGGUGGUGGCGUGCGCCUAUCUGGUUCUUAAUUACAUUAAGGUAGGAUUCGAGUUCAACUUCAUCGGAAGAUGCACCCCGAAGCUGCCGGUGACCGAGUACGAGCACGGACUGGACGCAGUUUACUAUGGCUGGCUUGCGAUGUGCCUGCGCAUGAUCGAGUUCAUCGAGACGGUGUUCUUCGUCCUGCGCAAGAAGCAGAACCAAGUGUCGACGCUGCACGUCUACCAUCACAUCAGCACGUUCCUGAUCGUCUGGUGGAGCCUGAAGCUGAGUUUGUCAUACCAAGAGAUGUCCAUCAUGGUGCUGAACUCAAUCGUGCACAUGAUCAUGUAUUCGUACUACUUCCUGUCGUCGUUCAAGCCCUGCCAGCCGUUCACCAACCGCGUCAAGCCGGCCAUCACCAUCAUUCAGUUGGCGCAGCUGGUCACGAUGCUGGUGCACGUCCAUGCCGCCCUUCAGCCGUCCUGUGCCGCCAACAAGACAAUCUACACCCUGCACGCCGUCAACCUUGUCAUUCUUAUCAGUCUCUUCACCAACUUCUACAUCCAAACGUACGUCCGGAAGGCGCGAAAGCUGAAGCAAAACUAA